AUGGGAGCGUCGCACUCACAGGAUUGUGUGGACAUCGACACUGUCCUACAGAGGACUUCUGCUCAUGGUGGAGAUCGAAUUUACCACCCGAGACACACAGCGGAUGCGCGCCAGACUUUUGAUAUUCUGCGUCAAAGGCUGCCGGCGGAAAUCGUCCUAGAGAUCUUAGAAUUUGCCCAAUACUGGCUGCAGUCCUGCGUCCAGAGGGAAGAGCGAAUAAGCUACACUGAAAGCGAGUGUCAUGACCGGACUGCAUAUCUGAAAUCAUAUCCGAUUCGAGGCGAGAGAUCUCCCGUACGACAGAUCAAUAUCCACAUUUGGAGCCGUGACCAGGGAUGGAGUAGCUACCGUGAAGAUCAUGGCACUUUCAAAAACUCCUGGACUUGGUUCGUGCUCGAUAUUGAUAGACCAUCGGGACGAGAAGAUAUAUCCAAAGAUGAAGACUUACGCUUGGCAACCAAUGUUCAUGCCGGGAAAGCUCUUUAUCAUCAUGAGAUUACGUAUCGAGCAGACCAAAACCUGCGCUGGAUGAAAAAGCUCCAAGCAGGGGACCGGAUCUCAGUCGUCCCACGUGCACAAUUUCCUGGUUGGCGAAAUAUCGUGGAAAAGGCUGCCAUUGAGAUCUAUACCACUCCUGACCUAUGA